GCCGGCGGAGGUUUGUAAGGAAAGAGCUGAUUGGCUAGAACGGGAUGAUUCGACCAAUCAGAUUUAGCUUUAGAAAUACUGUACUGUCAUAUGACAGCUGAUCGAUUCUGAGCUGAUUCGUCGCCUGUUACAACAACAACAUACAAGAAACUCGGGCAAUAUGUUAGACAGUCUGUUCAACAUUGAUUGUGGGUACCUGGAAGGCCUUGUUCGGGGCUUCAAGAAUGGUAUACUCAAGCAAACGGACUACUUGAAUCUUGUCCAGUGUGAAACUUUAGAUGAUCUGAAGCUUCAUCUGCAAAGUACAGAUUAUGGAAACUUCUUAGCAAAUGAAGCAUCACCUCUCCAAGUAUCUGUCAUUGAUGACAAACUGAGAGACAAGUUGGUGACUGAAUUCCAGCAUUUACGUACUCAUGCAGUGGAACCAUUGGCUACAUUCCUGGACUACAUUACUUAUGGAUACAUGAUUGAUAACAUUGUACUUCUCAUCACCGGAGCUCUGCAUCAACGACCCAUUUCUGAACUUAUGCCUAAGUGUCAUCCACUUGGAACUUUUGAACAGAUUGAGGCUAUUAACGUUGCCUCUACUAGUUCUGAGCUUUACAAUGCUGUACUUGUUGACACCCCUCUUGCUGACUUCUUUGGGGAGUGCAUUAGUGAACAAGAUUUAGAUGAACUUAACAUUGAAAUCAUCCGUAACACCUUAUACAAGGCAUACCUGGAAUCUUUUUAUAGUUAUUGCAAGUCUUUAGGAGGAACUACUGCUGAAGUCAUGUGUGAGAUCUUGGCUUUUGAGGCAGACAGGAGAGCAUUUAUUAUCACACUGAACAGCUUUGGAACCGAGUUGACCAAUGAAGAUCGUAAGAAACUUUACCCUCAGUGCGGGAAACUGUACCCUGAUGGAUUAGCUGCCCUGGCACGUGCUGAUGAUCCCGAGAAUGUCAAACAAGUGGCUGAGUUUUACACUGAAUAUCGUGCAUUAUUUGAAGGAGCUGGAAACAAUCCUGGAGAAAAGACCCUUGAGGACAAAUUCUUUGAACACGAAGUUAAGCUGAAUGUGAAUGCUUUUCUGAAUCAGUUCCACUUUGGUGUCUUCUAUGCCUACCUGAAACUGAAGGAACAGGAAUGCCGCAACAUUGUUUGGAUUGCAGAAUGUAUUGCACAGAAACACAGGGCAAAGAUUGACAACUACAUACCAAUUCUUUAAUCAUGUUAUUAGUAAUACAGUAUUAAAAUGCACACUAAUUAUCAGUUCUUCCCAAACAUGACGAAAGUUUAGUUUAUGAUCCCUGUAUAUUUAGCUUAAUUUUUUUUUAGAAGUUUUUAAGAAUAUGAUUUCCUUCAAACAUCAAGUCCAGAAUAUUAGAACAGGGAUAAGGUUUUUGACAUUUUGGUAUUUUGUUUUAAAUGGCAUUUUAUCAGGUGCAGAGUUUAAAGAAGUGGCUGGAGUUUUAAACAGUAAUUUAAUUGAAAAUAUGUUUAUAUUUUUGUUGAAUUCAGCAAUAUAUUUUCGUAUUAGGAGUGAAAUACCAUAAAGUUGCUUUGUAAAUAGGAAAUAUACUUAUUUGGUGGUGUAAAACAUUUAACAUUAAUCUGGUUUGAUUCUUUUGUCCAGUUCUUGGAAAUAUGCCAGAAUGUUAAAGUUAGUUUUCUUUCAUUUUAAAUACUACAUUACAUAAGAAAAGGGGAGAGGAAUAUACUGUACAGAAAUCGAGUCUGGAACUUUAACAGCUAAUUAAGAUCCCAACAGUUUUUGUAAGGGGUCUUCCCAGAUAGCACAAGGUUGGUGGUAUGUUGUUGUUGUAAGUAUAGUAGUGGAAUUUUAUUUGUAUGAGCAGAAAUUCAAGCUUAUGUACAUGGCACAUUGCAUAUUAAAUGCUCUGUUUUAAUAAAGUUUGGACUGAAAACUUGACAUUUGUACCAUCUCCACCCAGAUAAACAAAUUUGUACAUUAUCUAGUAAAGAGGAAAAAACUUAUUUUAUAAUUACAUAGAUAAGAGUGCAUAGGUUGUCAUUAGGAGUGAAAGAAAUUCGUUUAUUGUCAUCUGUCAUGUAGCAGUGCAGUUUAAUUUGAUAUAUUGUUGUUGAGGUUGAAACUUAGAAGAGUAUAUUUAUAAUUUUAUUUAAUGUUAUGGGAUAUUUCUGUAAAUUUACGUAUACUAUUGAUGAAAAUCAUUUGGAUACAAUCAUGCAACGUUUCUGUAAGUUCAGUGAAAAAGUGUAAGUUUUGACUGUACUUAUAUUUUGCAUGGUAUAAGUGAAAGUGACCAUUCCAUAUUCAUUAAUGCAGAAUUGAAUUAUUAGCAUUGUAUAUAGGAUGCACUAUUAGGCACAAUGUCAUAAAUGUGAAUGUUAAUGAGCUCCUACUGGUACUGUUCAAUAUGUGUACAUAAACAUUAAUAUAUAUUUCAUUUUACAUAUUCUCGUGUCUGUCUUGUGUAAAUGGAAGUAUAAAUUAUAAUGGUA